AUACUUCAGUGCCACUGAAUAGUGCGGACGCAGUGGGCAGCGGUCACAAAUAAGGUCAAAGCAUUGGAUCUAUGAUUUUACAACGGCCAAGUAAAGGAAGGAUGAGUGGCUGGUGGAUUACCUCAUUUUUGUUGCUGUUAACUGCCUUUGAGAUGCUGGUCGCGGCAGACGAGGAGGUGAACGGUACGGAGCAGGAGCAAACUGCGGCCGUUUAUCACGACAUCGACCACACCAGGAACAAGAUCAUCACGGCACAGUUUGAGUGCUACCAGAAAAUCAUGAGGAACCCAAGCCCACAUAAAACAAACGCGUCCAUGUGUGACCUGACCUGGGACGGAUGGCUGUGCUGGGACGAGGCAGAGGCGGGCACCGUCUCCAUGCAGCACUGUCCAGAUUACUUCCACGACUUCGACACGUCCGAAAUAGUGACGAAGAUUUGCACUAACAGUGGGCAGUGGUUUGUUCAUCCCGACAGUAACCGUACCUGGACGAAUUACACCAGCUGCAAAGCGAAACCGACCGACCACGUCAAUGCAGCGGUGAAUCUCUAUUACUUGACUCUGAUUGGACAUGGAUUGUCACUGAUAUCUUUGUUUAUUUCGCUAGGAAUAUUUUUCCAUUUCAAUAGCUUGAGCUGCCAAAGGAUCACUCUACACAAGAACCUGUUCUUCUCUUUCAUCCUGAACUCAGUCACCACAAUCAUUUGGUUCACUGUGGUGGCCAGCAACCAGGAACUAGUGCAGGCUAACCCAGUGAGCUGCAAGGUGUCCAUGUUUAUCCAUUUUUACAUUUUCGGCUGUAAUUACUUCUGGAUGCUGUGCGAGGGGAUAUAUCUCCACACUCUCAUCGUUGUGGCGGUGUUUGCUGAGAAACAGCACCUGAUGUGGUACUACCUGCUUGGCUGGGGGUUUCCUCUGAUACCUGCACUGAUAUACGCCAUAGCCCGGAGUUACUACUACAACGACAAUUGUUGGAUCGGCGCGAACACGUCCCUGCUUUACAUUAUCCACGGUCCAAUCUGCGCCGCUCUGCUGGUCAACUUGUUCUUCCUCCUCAACAUCGUGCGUGUGCUUAUCACUAAGCUGAAGGUCACCCACCAGGCUGAGUCGAGUCUGUACAUGAAGGCGGUCCGAGCCACCCUCAUUCUGGUCCCGCUGCUGGGCAUCCAGUUCGUCCUGCUGCCCUACAAACCAGAGGAAAAGAUGCCGUCCGAGAUCUACAACUACAUCAUGGCCAUCCUCAUGCAUUAUCAGGGGCUCUUGGUGGCUACGAUAUUCUGUUUUUUCAAUGGAGAGGUGCAGAGUGUGUUAAGAAGGCACUGGAACCAGUACCGCAUCCAGUUCGAGAACACCUUCGCCAACACCGAAGCUUUGAGGUCGGCCUCCUACACGGCGUCUUCCAUGACGGAGGUGCACCGCUGCUACAGCAUCGACGGGCACACGGAACAUUUGAACGGCAAGAGCUACCUCGACAUCGACUCCACCAUCCUCAGAUCGGACAGCCUGUACGGGUGAAGGAUCUAAGCCCCACCACCUCCUCCUCCCCCCCGU